AUGGAGAAUUUGCAAUCAGCAACGUCCAGGUUGGACCUCAAAGGCUCUCUGGCUCCAAGCGCUAGCAGCAGCGGCAACGCCAAUGCUCAUUCCCGCCUAGCAUUUCAAGUCCAACCUCUUCACGGCAACUCGCAUAGCAACAUCCCUCCCUCUCCCACAUCCCUCAAACCUCAACCUCAUCAUCCGCAUCAUGCGAGUCAGGGUCAUUUGCGCAAGGCGAGCGUCGAUGGAUCCUCAAGCAACAACUCGUCUCGACAAGCGAGCGCCACUCUGCAGGCUGUCAACACAACCAAGCCUGCUGCUUCAGCAUCUGCUGCGGGGCAAGGUGCAUCUGCCUCUUCCGCAAUAUUGAGGCACGUAGACAUUGGAAAGUAUGAUGGGAGUAUGGAGCGAGACGAGCGCAAGGGACGUCGAACGAUGACGAGGGAAGAGGAUGAAAAGGCAGCUAUAUUGGCCAUCGACAGUGCAUCCAACAAUGCUCACAAGCCUACGCGCAAGUGGGCUUUGAAAGAAUUCGAAGUGGGCCGUGCAAUGGGCAAGGGAAGGUUUGGAAGAGUCUACAUUGCUCGAACGAAGGCGGAUGCCCAGGGAAGUGGCGCGGGAUUCAUCGUGGCACUGAAAUUGCUGUACAAGAAGGAGAUCGUGUCGGACAUGCUGGAAACGCAAGUCAGGAGGGAAAUUGAGAUCCAAAUGAACCUCAGGUGAGAGGCGUAUUUACGCGGCUUUGCAACCGCGGCACGACUGAAUCGCACCUUUCACUCGAUGUCAUAGACACCCGAAUGUGCUUCGUAUUUAUGGCUACUUCACCGACCAAGGCAGAAUCUUUAUGGCGCUGGAAUUUGCGGCGCGAGGAGAGAUGUACAAGAUCAUGAGCAAGUUGAGAAAUGGGAAGUGGUCUGAGCCGGAAGCUGGAGCGGUGAGUUCAAAGGCAAUGACCGGUGCUUGCGCGCGCACGUCUGAACUCGACUUCGAUUGUUGACCAAUAUCGUGGACUGCAAACCUUGUCGCGGCAACGCUCAUCAGUUUGCUGGUCAGAUGGCAGACGGCCUUGCAUACUUGCACUCCAAAAAUGUCAUUCACCGAGACAUUAAACCCGAAAAUCUGCUCAUUGGGCUGGACAACAAGCUCAAGAUUGCCGACUUUGGCUGGUCAGUCCAUGCUCCUGGUGACAGGCGGACAACGCAGUGCGGAACUUUGGACUACAUGGCCCCCGAAUUGACCGACCCUGGUACACCGCACGGACACGGCGUGGAUCUUUGGGCCUUUGGAAUCCUGAUCUACGAAUUCUUGAACGGCACACCGCCGUUCGAUUCGCUGGACGAGAGAAACGUGGACAGAGACCAGUUUGAGACGUACAACCACUAUGCUGCGACCGGCAAAAAGUAUGCCAACUUUUGUGAGUACGGUCAGGCGAAGCAGAGCAAGACGUCAUUGUUCUGACACGGUAAAUUUUGUUUCCGCAUCUCCUCUAGAUACCAAGGCGCGCAUCAAGACGAUUGAUUACAGCUUCCCUGAUGAGAUGCCGAAUCAGGCCAAAGAUCUCGUCAACAGAGUGCGUAACGCAACGUACCGCAAGGCCAGAGUACUCGAGCUGACUCGUACCGCCCCCGCGACACAUUCCUCGUGCAGUUGUUGCAGGUGAAGCCAGCACAGCGGCUGCCGCUGGACCAAGUGAUGCAGCAUCCGUGGAUCAAAAAGUGGGAUCCGACGUGUUAUCAAAGAUGCAAAGAAGGAAAUUACGUCAAGGAUACACCGGCUCAUCAGGUGCCGCACGUACCCCAUUGGACCAGAAUUGGCCGGUUGCCAGAGGACAGGCUCGGCUUGCCCCCCCUCGCUCCUGCCCCUGGCACUGGCGGAAUUCGCAAGGUCAAGAAACCUUGA